GUACUUAUGAAAUUUCUUGAGAUCGAAAAGUUUGUUAUUAUCUCUAGGAGCUGUCGUUCUUGAAUAGACUGGACGCCAUUCUCUUGUUUCUUUCCUUGUUCGGGUGAAGAAAAAAAAAAGAAAGCAAUAGAUAUCUCCAACUUUUGCCUCAUCUCCGCAAUUUUUUUUUUUCGCGCCGCGUCUCCGGCCUUCACCUCACCACUCAGCCUCCCAUUACACGCGGAAUUUUCUGGGGACCUAUUGCCACCGUCACUGCUGGGCUAAUCUGAAGUCAACUCAAAUCCAUAACGUCUGGUUUCCAACGCUCCGAGGAUCAGACGAAAAUCCGAAUCUAACCAUCCCUCCCGACCCUACCUCCAUGCUGGUGCACUGAACUCACAACCCCCAAAGCUCCACCGAUGCGCUUUCUACAGGCGAAUUCUGCUACUAGACGGAGCAUGGCGAUGAGACUUCCACUCAGUGCGCAAUGCGCUCGAGCUGCCGCCCGGAACAGCAAAACCACCACCACCACCGUCGGCAGCAAUCACGCCUACACCACCCUCUCCUCAGCCACCACAACCACUACCAGCAACACUGAAUGCCUUCGGCGAGCCAUUCUCCCCACCUCGCAACAACAGAAGUCGCACCAAAGCCCCACAUCGACACCCGUGAGCUGGAGCAGGGCCGCCUCCUCCGAUGCAGUGGUCCGGAAAUACUGGAAUGGCUUCCUGGAGCUCCAGCCGAAGCCGAACCAGCCCGCGGCCGUCUCCAAGAAGAACAAGGAGCUGCAGGAGUUGCUGCUCAAGGUCGCGGAGGUCGGCACCUCGCCCCGGCUCCGGAUGCAGGAGGCCUCGCUGCUGGGCGACAGACAUACGCAGAAACAGGUGGAGAUGGAGCUGAAGUGGCUGCCGGACCCGAAGCGGCUGGCGGAUCGGGUAGGUCGUCUGCUGCAGGCGAGGGAGAUCAUCAUGGCGGCGGCGCUGGUGCGCGCGGCGCAGAAGGAAGGACGGGAGUGCAUGGUGGCCUGGAAUCAUAUCUUUGAGUAUUGCAUGAAACAGGGGGCGACCAUGGCGGCGUAUAAGUUCUACACGGAUAUGAAAAAACGUGGCCGCAGACCCAACUCCCACACCUAUACGAUCAUGAUGAAUGGGUUCAGUGUCUAUAAUCCGCGGGAGAAGGCGAAGAAUGUGGACGCCGCGAUGCGUGUAUAUCGGUCUAUUGAGGAGAAUCCGGACGUGGAGCGGGAUAUCAUCCACAGCAAUGCGAUGCUCAAGGUUUGCUGGCUCCAGGAAGACAUGGAUACCUUGUGGCGGGUUGCGGGAGAUCUCCCCGAGGAAGGGCCCGGGUCACCCAACGCUCACACCUACACGAUCAUUCUGCGCGCUAUUCAGAGUCGCCUGGAGCGUAGCACGCAGGAUAUCCCCUCCAAACAUGUCCGCCCGCACUGCGAGAAGAGGAAGACGGCCAUCACUGAAGGCAAGCGGGUUUGGGCUGAUGUUGUUUACCGCUGGAAGAAAGGUCAGCUGCAGCUCGAUAACCACCUGGUCCAUUCGAUGGCUGAGCUGCUCUUGAAUGCAUUCAGCGACUACAAUUGCUGGGAGGUGCUGGCUCUGUACAACCAGACGGCGGGACUGCCCAUUUUCGCCAACAAGCCCUCGCCGGAGAAGGAAUACGAAGACAAGUGGGCCAACAAGCGGCAUGGGAAGCGUCGUGACGGGCCAAAUGCCGACUAUUUGCCCUUUGUGAACCACAACAACGAGCCGAUCGAAACCGAGGCUACCAAGGAAUCGGAAUCGGAAAUCGUGGAGGAGGAGGAGCAGGAGCAGGAGCAGGAGAACUUCGACCACUUGUUCGAUCCUGUCAGCGAUGCCAACGGCUCUUCAGCCCCAGCCCUGAUUACCCUCGGUAACCGAGAGAUUGACGUGGUGCUGGAGGCCUGCUUAACCAUGGUGCAAGGAAUGCGACCUGGCAAACAGUACUGGGAAUACCUAACGCGCGAGGGUCGCGCGGACCUGAUCAAGCCUGACGCGGCGGCGAUUCACCAAUAUCUGCGUCUUCUCCGCUACAGCCGAUCGACCCGGGAAGCCAUCGCGGUGAUCCGCGACCAGAUGGUGCCCGCUGGGAUCACCGAUCCCAAAACCUUCCACAUUGCGAUGAGUGUCUGCCGGCGCGACACUCGUAAUGGAAACAUCUUGCGACUGGCCGACGAGAUGCUCGAUAUCAUGGAGGGCGCGCUCGUGCUUCCGGAGCCGCGUGCUCUGGUGGGCUACCUCGACCUCGUCCAGUCCCUGAAGGAGAACCCCCAGCUUCUGCUGUCGUUGCUCGGCUUGGAGGGUGCCUGGAAGGCUCGGGCGAGCAACUUCCAGGACAAGGGCCGGAGCUUGUACGUGGGGUUGCAGCUGCACGCCGUCAAGAAACUCUUCCCUCACCUCGUGAAAUUGGACGAAGCCACGUUACCGUACCUCCCGAAGACGGAGGAAUAUGAUACGGCGGACCUCCCUCCGCCUCACAACCGCGACUCGACCUUCGGGCUCUAUGGCUCGAAGAUUGCCCAGGCGAUGAACGAGACAGGCCGAGUGAUUGACGAGCUGGUGCAGCGGCACAGAAACAAGAACUUCUUGAGUAAAGAACUCCUUGCGGAUCUGCAGGAGAAGCGAAGCAUGCUCAAGAAAUACUCCCAUGCCCGGAUCAACAGGCACAUUCGCGAUAUUCGCGUGGAUGCGACUGCCAGCCAGGUCGAAGCGUUUGACCAGAAGCUGGAGAAGCAGCUGGAGAAGCAGGAGCAGCAGGAGAAGCAGAAGAAGCAGGAGAAGCCGCAGGAGGAGGUGGAAGAAAAGACAGAGGUAGCCGAUGCGAAGGCGGAUUAGUCUCGGCACUGUAUAGAACCAUCAUCACCUCUCCCAACAUGUACUUUUGUCAUCUAUAGCAUUUCCAGGGCGUUGGUAUAUAGGUCUUGUUUGUUUGUACAACAACAUGCUUUUUUCUCUUCUGUAUAGAUGAUCGGUGGUAUACAGGAG